GUGAGUUUUUUCCACGCGCUAUCCCCGACUCGGUGAUCCUUUCGCAGUACAGAGAAGCACGGCAAGUUUCUGAAUACCUCAGUGUCCCCACGUUGGUAAAGUGCAUACGAUAAAGGAGUGCCACAUUGAAGGAGAUUGAAAACGUGUUAAUCGGUGAGAAGUGAAAAAACUCGGAAAUAGCUCGGUCUUCCGUGCAAGUGUCGCAAUUUCGCCGCAUCUAAUUUGCUGGGUUGGCGGCAACGAACAUGUCCCCGGUCGCCACCCCACGCGCAUGGUGGGGUUGGUGGUGUGACGCUGACGGUCGGAUCCCAUACGCUCGCCGAUACGCUCCACAGCCCCAUUUGUCAACCGGGCGACAAAUGGUCGGCCUCCGGACGCUGGCAGCACUGCUGCUCAUUCUGGCAGUUUUGCCGACCGCUAAGUGCCACCCGAGAAGUUACGGUGUACCCGGCAACGAACAAACCGCAUCGAUUGCAGCCAAUGGAACAGCUAACAGAACCGCCAACACGUACAAACGCAUUGCUCCGCAAACAAACGGUGCGCUACCGUGGAAGGGACCGUCGCCGCUAGCAACGUCAGCAACGACAGGUAGGGGGGUGACAUCGCCGGCGGGUCGGCGAAUUCUGCGGCCGCAACGCGUACACCAUCACCGUGCCGGAGACGUCCGCGUCGGGCGCAACACGGGCGCAGGUGGUACCGUCAACGAUCAGAUAGGCGCUAGCACUCUUAAACACCAUAGCAAAUCGAUCGAUCGAGUUCCAUCGGGCAAGCAGCAGCGUACGUACAAGAAUGUCCAGCAAGGCUCCGUUACGCUCGAGAUGGGAAGUCAGGCAUUUCUGGAACCGGAACAGAACCUAACGUUAGCGUUUGCCACCAAACAAGAUUCUACUAUACACCGACAACGCAAUCCCCCGGCAAAGAGGAAAAACGGACGACAGCAGCACGGCGCCCAUCAUCACGCUAAAGGGCCGGGCAGUGCGGUGGCCGGUGGUGGACCGAGACGUAAUGGAUCACCGCCACAGCUGAAGUUCACCAACAUUGGUGAUCUUUGCAUCCGAUGCCCACCGGAGCGGACUGCGAUCGCACGGAAGGGGCUGGACGGCGUUAUGAUUGAACCACCCUGUCUGUCCACCUGCAAUGGGCGACCAAUAUCCAAGGAACUGUACGAGCUGGAAACGCUGUUCGGACCGAAGGCAAACUUUGUGCUGCCCCAUUCGAACGGGCCACCGUACAGCUUCCUGGCGAAGGUGAUCAGCAAACAGACGGGCAACACGGUGCUUACGUGCGAUCUGCGCUACCGGGUGAUCGUGAAGCAGUGCAAGCGGUACAAGCCGAAGAAUCGCGAUCUGAAAGUGAGCUGCAGUCUGGGCAAUAUCUGGGGUUCGCGCUGUACGUUCCAUUGCCGGAGCGGUGGCUAUCUGACCCGACCGAACUCCUACGUUGAGUGUGGCGAGGAUGAGCUGUGGGAAGGAGAAGAACCAUACUGCGUGUUUAAUGAUGUAUCCGACGACUACGCGGCCGAUAGCGAUGCGGCGAACGUUGUAGGCGAUUGCCAGCUAGAUAUUCCGCCCGAGAAUGGCCGGUUUGCCUGUGAUCUGAAAGACAACGAAAGUGCAUCCAACGAACUGGCCGUCCCGAAUGGUACCGCGUGCCAGGUGAAGUGUAACGAAGGCUUCCAUAUCCCUGGACAUCUUCAACCUGCCAUUUACUUCCAAUGCAGCGACGGCCAAUGGAACAACACUAUGCGCCCCUUCUGCUAUAAACCGACACCAAUCACUGGUGGAAAUAGCCAGCGGCGUCGAGUUUACGGCUAAGGAUGUACUACUAACAGACUUUCACGACAAACGACUAGUGAUCGAUUAGUAUCCGUUUUGUCCGCAAUGAGUAGUUAGCAAAUUACUCAGUUGCAUGUGAGAUAUGCAGGAGCUCAUUUCGAAGGACAGCUAAUAGUAAUAUACAGUAACAGCAGCUGGGCGCGGGAUUUUGUGGAGCGGAAAAAAGGAACUCUUUAAGUUAUAACAAUAUCAAAACUCAAUGUACUGUUGCCAUAAUGAUCGCAGCGCGCGAAGGGACAUCAACAUAGACUAAUCAUCCCAUUUCCCAGCGUAUGAUUUGCAAUUGCUCUGCCAGGUUUUAGUGUCGCUGCAGCUAACUGUCCAGGGACAUCCAAAGGAUUUCUGUCCACGCUAAGCCUUCGUAUGUUUUUUUUUAUUUAAUUGGCAUCGCUAAACCGAACUGCACACUAACAAAAAAAAGGGGAAGUUGGGCAGAACAUUGACUCGAACAUGGCAAAGCAACAAAGUUGCAUUAUAGCUAAGAAACCGUAAACUUGUUCCUUACUGAUGAGCGUGAAAUGUAUUACGAAUGUGCGUGUGUUUUUUAAUUGCUUGGUAUCUCUAAUAGUUAGUUAAGGGAAAUGCGCGGAAAAACGAUCGAAGGAUGUGCUUAUGUAUUAAUGGAAGGAAGAUGUAAUUUACGCUUGGUCGUAAAAUGGUAGGGAAACAUAAUUUACAACAAGAAAAAAACACUACAAAAUGAACUGUUGUAACGAAUCGCCUUACUCUUAGAUUUGGUUUGUAGCUAUGAAAUGUGUAUAUCUCUGAAUCUUACCAUUACUUUCAUUAAUUUUUGUUCAAAAGCUCUCACUCACCAAUGAUUCGAUAGUAGUAGUAGUAUUGCUUUAGUUACUCAACUGAUGGUCACGAACAAAAUUAUUCUUCUAUUGAUACCCUGAAGAUGUAAACAGUUUUUUAACAGUUCAAAAAUAUAAAGAAGUAUAACUU